AUGGAGGCCCAGCCGUCACCGAUCAAGGCCACUCCAGGCCGUCGCCGUCACCCCCGUGGCGGCAAACCAGCGGCCCUCAAGGCCUAUGCCUCAGAGAACGAUGCCGCAUCCUACGCAGCCUCAUCCCACCAGCAGCACCACCGGGCGCCCCAGACGCCCAAGAAGAUCGUCUCUGCCUCUCCCGCGCCGAACAACCAGCCAGGCUCCAAGCAGCGCAACACUCGCAACAACAAGCCCAAGGCCAAAAAUGACCCGUCGUCGCCCAACUACCACCUCAGCAACAACCACAGCCAGUCCCCCUCCGGGGCAUCACCACCAAAGGCAAUCUCCAGCACGCCGUUUGCCGGUGCAACCUUCCACGCCUCGCCCGCCCCUGCGGACCUCCCAAUCCCAAGCUUCUUGAAAUCGGCCAGCGAUUCGCCGCUGGUCCGCCAGCCAAGGGGCUUCAUCUCCCAGCCCUCUCCUCCGGCUACGGACUCGGAGCUGCCCACGUCAUACAGGCCAGUCUCGGCCCGCCAACACCGCGAAUCGCCUCUCGACUUCAUGUUUCGAGCUCAUCGGGAGGAAAAGGCUCGCCAGGAACUGGACGGAACGCCCGUUGCGGCACCGCCUCUGGUUGGCCCCAUGUCUCCUCCGCGCCAUCUGGAUGCUCCCCUCACGCCAACGGCCGCUGACCUUGCGCGCAAUCGCCGCAUGCACGACCGACACACCUUUAACGGCACUGAAAUCUAUGAGCUGGAUGGCACCGGAGGCCACCCAUUGGGCCCGCCAUUUUCGACUCCCUACCAGGAUCGGAUCCAAUCUGCGCGCAACAAUGCCUCCAAUCCAUCUUCUGCUCCCGGGAAUCCCCUACCCGCUCCAGCUGGCAACGCCCCGAGUGAGGACCCGACGGAAGCUCUCAAGCGAUUUCUCUUUACUCCCCAGUCAGCUGCUUCAACGGCCCCGUCUUCUGUCUCCAACCAUUCGCAGCCGCCUUCUCGCCGUGCCGAAGUCUAUUCUAACAGCCAGAUAGAUGGCCCUGGAUACGAAAGCGCAGGCAGCAUCCAAGCCAUGGAAAAUGAUCUUCGUCGAAUCUUGAAGCUGGAUCUGGUGGCCGACCGCCCGCCUACGGAACGCAGGCUCUUCACUCACUAG